AUAUUCAUUACUCUCUUUCAUUUCUUGCAUGUACUUUGAUGACCACUUUUCUCUCUCUCUCUCUCUCUCUCUCUCUCUCUAAAAUCAUAUUCCAGGUCGAGUGAGUAAGAGAGAGAAUGGAAGGGAGUUCAGAUAAGAGGUUGGGGAAGAUGGAGAAGGAUAUGUUUCAUAUAAUUCAUAAGGUUCCAUCUGGUGAUGGUCCUUUUGUUAAGGCCAAACAAGCACAGCUGGUGGAAAAGGAUUUAGAAGGAGCAGUGGUUUGGUUUUGGAAGGCAAUAAAUGAAGGAGACAGAGUAGAUAGUGCCCUUAAGGACAUGGCAGUGGUGAUGAAGCAACUGGACAGAGCUGAUGAGGCCAUUGAAGCUAUCAAGUCUUUUAGGGGUCGUUGCUCCAAACAAGCACAAAACUCACUAGACAAUGUCCUCCUCGACUUAUACAAGAAAAGUGGUGAAGUAGAUGAACAAAUAGCAUUGUUAAAGCACAAGCUAAGGUUGAUAUACGAAGGAGAAGCCUUCAAUGGAAAGCCAACAAAGAAAGCUCGUUCACAUGGCAAGAAGUUUGACGUCUCCAUCAAACAAGAAACCUCCAGACUUCUGGGAAACUUGGGCUGGGCCUAUAUCCAGAAAACCAAUUACAUGGCAGCGGAAAUGGUCUACAAGAAAGCCCAAGCGAUCGACCCGGACACGAACAAGGCCUGCAACCUGGCCCUCUGCCUCAUCAAGCAGGCCCGGUUCGACGACGCAUGUUCCGUUCUCGAGGAUGUGUUGCAGGGCAGGCUUCCGGGCUCGGAUGAUCCAAGGUCCAGGACUCGAGCCGAGGAGUUGUUAUCGGAAAUGGGAUCACGGUGGCGUCCACCGUUGUUGCCGGAUGGACCGGUCCUCGACAUGGAUACUGAUUUGGUUGAUGGGCUUGAGCGUUUGAUGAAUGACGACUGAGCUCCUUUGGGAUACAUAAAAAAGGCUUCCAAUCUUUGAAGAAAGAUCUCACCCUUUGGAUAUCAGUUAGAAUUUUCUUAGGUGAUUUUCGCACCGGACCGGAAAGUCGUGAAGAUAGGCAGCGAAAAACAAUGGGUAAAUGGGUGUGUAACAAUAUGUGUACAUAACAUAAGGUUAAAACAGAUGUUUAUAUAACGGUAUAAAUAAAUAAGUCGAGUAGCAAGUUGUUCAAAA